UAAAGGAAAACAUUGCAUGAAUUCUAGCAUAAUAUUUACUAUUUAUCGUGUUUACUGAUAAUAAUAUUCAAAUACACCUAAACAUUUAUUUUCCUUAACUGAUUCAAUCAUGUAAUGAUUAUUAGUGUACAAAAUAAAAUAUAAGAAUGACUGUGGAAGUUAAUACCUUGAUAAACAUAACCUCACUUGCAGUAGUAAUUUCUAUUGCCGGUAUAAGUUAUUUUUAUUUGAAAAGAAAGCGACAACUGACUGCCACAGAAGCAUUUAAAUAUUUAAAUAUAAAGCUUGUAGAAAAUGAGGCAUAUUGUGAUGAAAUUGUCAAUGAAUUUCGAAAGAAGUGCAGUUUACACCAUGCAAUUGGUUUUGAUUGUGAAUGGGUGACAGUGCAAGGGAAAAGGCAGCCUGUAGCGUUGAUUCAGCUUUCUACUUAUGACGGAUUUUGCAGUCUAUUCCGUUUGAGUAAAAUGAAAUCUAUUCCUGUAUCUUUAAAGGAUCUUCUAGAAGACGAGAAAAUAUACAAAGUCGGUGUAGCACCAGUCGACGACGCGAAGUACGUAGCUGCGGACUACGGAGUGUUCAUCAAGUCUACAUUAGAUAUCCGACAUAUUGUGGAACUGUGUGGUUACAAUCCGGGAGGACUGGCGGCACUGUCUUUGACAUUAUUGGUCGUAACCUUAGAUAAGACUUGGAGGAUUCGUUGCAGUGAUUGGGCGGCAUCCGAACUAACCGAGCGUCAAAUCAACUAUGCUGCAGCAGACGCGCACGUAGCAAUCAAAAUAUUCGUUAAUCUUAUUAACAAACAUCAGAGAAGAGGUUUGCUCUGGUUUAGAAGCAAGAAUCAUUGGGAAAACUUGAACGAUUUAUGUUGGAAAUACGCAGAUGUGUGUUUCAAAACGAAAGUAACGAAGAAAGUUAAGAAUGGCUUAAAAGAAAAAGAAGGCAAACCCAACAAGGAUUUAGUUCUCAGCAAGCGGUAUCCAUAUGCAAUUCGGUCUAAACCUUUGUAUCACAACUGUUUCUUACAAGCACCAGAUGGAGAGUUGUUGUGCACUUGUGAUACGAAAAAGGCUAUUUGGUACGUAGAAAAAGAGCUAGCGGACAAAGUGUCAGACGAUCCGCUCACAGUGCGCUUACGGUUCGAACCGGCCGGUCGUUCCGUGGGUAAAGUGGGUCAGUACUAUCAACUGACAAAACAGAAUAGAUGCGUGGUCUGCGGGGAGGAUAACUCGUAUAUACGCAAGAAUGUGGUCCCGAGAGAAUAUAGGAAACAUUUUCCAGAGGUAAUGAAAGACCAUUCUUCCCACGACGUGCUCCUACUGUGCGUAUCUUGUCACCAACGCAGCAAUAUGUUAGACCAGGCGGUGAGAGAAAGACUAGCUGUGCUAUGUGACGCGCCUUUCGCGUCACAUGACAAGACCAAAUAUAUUGAGGACGCUGAGUGCAAAAAGAUCCGUUCCGCGGCCCGCGCGUUACUCUACCAGUCGCGCAAGCACGUGCUCCCUGAAGCGCGGGUGAAGGAACUGGAGACGGUGCUGCUGCUGCACUACCCUGAACAUGAUGAGAUCACGGAGCAGCUGUUGACUGAAGCCUCGGAGAUUUCUGUUGUUAUAGAGAACGCGGACUACGAGUGCCACGGAUUCAAAGUGGUGGAAUAUUUCCUAAACAACGAAGAAGGUGGUCUCUUACGCCUCGAGGAGAUGUGGCGCCAACACUUCCUCGACUGUAUGCAGCCGAGGCACAUGCCGCAUCUGUGGUCUGUCAAGCAUAAUGAGGAGAGGUUACGAGUACGUCUGUCAGAAGGUCGACUAACUGAAAAUGAAAUGAAGAUGGUCGGGAUGCCUUUAUAGAAAAAUAUUACGAGAAAUAAUAAAUAUGUCUGAACCCUGAAGAUAUUUCAUCUUAUGAAUGUACAGGACACUGGAGAAUAACAUAAGAUACUCCGGUUUUGCUGGAUGUCUUUACAUAGUAAAGCCUAAAGAGCAACAUGCAUAUCGAAUGUAUGUAUUUUUGUAAAUAUUAGCAUAAUAUUUUUAUAAUAAAUACUUACAAGUA